AUGACUAUUUUAUUCUGUUUCCUUUCUUUAAAUUUCUCUUUUGAUUUCUUUCUUUACGACAUUUUAUAUUCUUCUCUCUCUUUCUUCUCCCCUUUUUUUCAAUUUCUCUUCUUCUGUUUCUCUCCUAUUUUUAUUGCUCCCUCUCUUUUAUUCUUUAUUUCUAUCUCAUUUUAUUCACUCUAUCUCUUUUUUACUUUCUUUCUCAUUUUAUGCACAUAUCUUUUUCCAUCCCCCCAAAAAGAGUAUUUUUUUAUGUUUAUACUUCUCUUUCUUUCCCGCCUUUUUUCUACCCUUUCUAUCAAUUUUUAUACUUCUCUUUCUAUCCUAUUUUUUAUGAUUCAUUGUCUUUUUUUUUAUUAUUUCUAUCUCAUUUUAUACAUUCUCUCUCAUUUUAUCUACAUAUCUUUCUCUAUCUUAAAAAAAAAAUAUUUUUCUGAUUCUUUUAUAUAUACUUCCUUUCACUUAUUUCUUUUUGAGAUUUUUAUCAUUCUCUCUCUUUCUCGUCUUUCUUCUCCCCCUUUCUAUCACUUUUUAUUCUUCUCUUUUCUCCUAUUUGUAUUGUUCACUCUAUCUCUUUUUUUUUUUUGCUUUUCUCUCUCAUUUUAUGUAAAUUUCUUUCUCAAUUGUCAAAUAUCGACACUAUUUUUUCUGUUACUUUUCUUUAAAUUCCUCUUGUCACUUCUUUGUUUUCGACAUUUUUAUUCUCUCACUUUCUCUCCCCUUUCUUCUCCCCUUCCUAUCAAUUUUUAUUCUUCUCAUUCUCUCCUAUUUUUAUUGGUCACUCUAUCUCUUUCUUUGUCUUUCUCUCUCAUUUUAUGUAGACCUUUCUCUAUCUUAAAAAAAGACUAUUUUAUUCUGUUUCCUUUCUUUAAAUUUCUCUUGUCAUUUUUUUCUUUACGACAUUUUAUAUUCUUCUCUACUUGCUUCUCACUUUUUUUUCAAUUUCUAUUCUUCUGUUUCUCUCCUAUUUUUAUUGGUCACUCUCUCUUUUAUUCUUUAUUUCUAUCUCAUUUUAUGUACAUUUAUUUCUCUAUCUUUAGAAAUGGGCACUAUUUAUUUUUGUUUCUUUUCCAUAAAUUCCUCCUGUGA